AUGAUCCUCUUACUUGCAUCUCGGUUACUCUUGUUCUCGCUCGUCCUCUCUAUUGCUUCCGUUGGAGCCCAUCCAUCUCCAGGCGAGGGUACCCUUCCACUCCUCCAUGGAGUAGGGAUCACCAAACACCCAGCUAGGAAGGGCGUCCCAGCCACCCUCCAACCACGUGCGAGGACGGCUGCUGUCCAGAAGCUUAUCCUAUUUGUUGCCCCAGUCCUUCUACUGUCUGCUGUCGCACAGGCGAAUUUUGCGUCGGCUUGCACACGUGCUGCAAGGAUUCGCAGACGGCUUGUGGCGAAGGCUGCUGUGACUCUGGACAAACCUGUUGCGAUGGCUUGUGCUGCGAUGUUGGUUACACAUGCUCGCUAUCUGGGCAAUACUCCCACCACUCCCACUCCCACUCCCACUCCCGUUCUGAAUCCUGACCCGAUCAUUGAUCCACCCCACCCGGUUUCGCCUGGUCACGGAAGUACGCCAGUUCGGCCCGCUCCUACAUCUUCGAGUACAGGCACUGAUCCACGUCCUCCUAAGUGGAAGAUCGGUGCCAUUGCUGGAGGUAGUUCUCUAUCGACGGUCCUCGUCCUCGCCGUUGCCUCUAUUGCGGCGCAUCCAUCCGCGGACGGCAGAUACCCCAUCCCCGACACGCUCCGCGAAGCUCCUCCAGCGCUGAUGGCUGAAUCUCUUCCAGAGGGAACAUCCCCACUUGUCUAUGGACUCGGCAUCUCCAAAACGCUGGCCAGAAUGGUCGCUUCAGGCACUCUCCAAGCUCGUGCGGUUGCCCCAAUCCGGCCACUGUCUGCUGCCGUACGGGCUCGUUCUGUGUCGGGUUGCGCACUUGCUGCACAGCCUCGCAAACGGCUUGCGGCGAAGGAUGCUGUGAUUCUGGAAGAACUUGUUGCAAUGGUACUUGCUGCGAUUCUGGUUAUACAUGCUCAGCAUCUGGAGCAUGCGUUGCUUCUGUCAGGCGGCGGCGCAUCGUCGAGUACUGGCGUCACAACUUCUACGCGUCCAGUGUCAUCAGCCACGUCCACUCAAGGCGGAGGAGGUGGUGGUGGUAUUGGUGGCGGGAACAGUUCAAGCAGCUCAAGGUCAAGCACUGGUACUGGCACCGUUGCCGGUUCUACGAACUCUUCAACUCCUGAACCUGAAUCAAAGAACAAUACCGGUGCCAUCGUCGGUGGUGUCGUUGGUGGAGUCGCCGCUGUGAUCAUUCUGGUCGGUGUCUUGCUCUUCCUCCUCCACAAGCAAAAGAAGAAGAAGCAAGGCAAUGGUGCGAGCGAGGUUGCUUCAAACUAUACCCAACAGCCAAUGAUGGGCCAGCACUCGCCCUACAGUCCAGGCUUUGCAGGCGCCGGAGCAGCAGGUGUUGGUGCAGGUGCCAUGGCUGCAGGUGCUCCAGGUACCCCAGGACCCCAAGGCAGCUAUUACGGCGCGGGUGGCCCUAACUCUGGCGCACCUACACCCGCACUCGUGUACAACCAAGGCGAGCAGUACCCGAACAACUCGUUCCAGCAAAACUAUGCGCAACAGAACAACGCGUACGGAGGUGGUGUCGAUCAAUACGGUCGUCCGCUUAGCGCAGCGAGUGGAGGUGCGCCUGCUGCACCUCUGCCAAUGUGGGUCCAACGUCCGAGCAACGCUACUCCUGCGUCAACGGCUCCAAGUGGGUUCCCCGAUCAUCAAGGAUAUGCUCCUCCACCAGGAGCACCCCAGCAGCCAUACUAUGGCGGAGGAGCGCCCCAUGGCAACUAUUAA